CUAGUUGCAGAAGACUGGCGGGCGGUGAGAGCGAGCGGCGUGGUGCAUCCUGAACCUCGCAGGGUAGAAUUUCUAAAAGUUACUCUGCCUUCUCGGACGUACUGCCAACAUGUCUGGUGAUGAGGAAACCGAGGAGCAGACCGUCGCCGACGAUUUGGUGGUUACCAAGUAUAAAAUGGGUGCAGAGAUUGCCAACCACGCCCUGAAGAUGGUGGUUGCCGGGGCCACUGCUGGCGUGUCUGUGCUCAGCCUGUGUGAAAAGGGAGACGCUUUUAUCAUGGCCGAAGCUGGGAAAAUCUUCAAGAAGGAAAAAGAGAUGAAGAAAGGUGUCGCCUUUCCGACCUGCGUGUCUGUUAAUAACUGCGUGUGCCAUCACUCCCCACUCAAGAGCGAUCCCAACAUCCUCCUCCAGGACGGGGACCUCGUCAAAGUUGAUCUGGGUGUGCACGUGGACGGCUUCAUUUCCAACGUGGCGCACAGCUUUGUUGUUGGCGUGACUAAGGAUAAGCCCCUGACAGGCCGCAAGGCUGACGUCAUCGCAGCAGCUCAUCUGUGCGCCGAGGCUGCUCUGCGUCUCGUCAAGCCGGGAAACCAGAACACACAGGUCACAGAGGCAUGGAGCAAGAUUGCCAAGUCAUUCAAGUGCUCACCAAUCGAAGGCCUGCUGUCCCAUCAACUCAAACAGCAUGUCAUAGAUGGAGAGAAAACUAUUAUCCAGAAUCCAACGGACCAGCAAAAGAAGGACCAUGAGAAGGCUGAGUUUGAGGUGCAUGAAGUGUAUGCAGUGGAUGUGCUCAUCAGCACUGGAGAAGGCAAGGCAAAGGAUGGCGGUCUCAGGACCACAGUUUACAAACGAGACCCCAACAAGGUGUAUGGAUUAAAGAUGAAGACCUCUCGGAUGUUCUUCAGCGAGAUGGAGCGACGCUUUGAUACAAUGGCGUUCACGCUGCGAGCAUUUGAGGACGAGGGCAAAGCCCGGCUGGGUGUGGUGGAGUGUGCCAAGCAUGAUUUGCUGCAGCCGUUUAAUGUUCUGCAGGAGAAGGACGGCGAGUUUGUAGCCCAGUUUAAGUUCACCGUGUUGCUCAUGGCCAAUGGACCGCUACGAAUUACAAACAGCCUCUAUGAACCUGAAUUGUACAAGUCUGAGCACGAGGUAGAAGACCCGGAAUUGAAGGCAUUGCUUCAAAGCUCAGCCAGCCGUAAGACGCAAAAGAAAAAGAAAAAGAAGGCCUCAAAGACUGUGGAGAAUGCAACAGGACAGGCGAUGGAGACUGAAGCUGCAGAAUAAAUUGCCCCAGCCAGCAAUUUGUGACGCACCCCAAGACCAGACGUCAAACACUUGUGUCCCGGCUGUAUGAGGCACGAGGUCAUAGCUGCUCCCAACACUUCCGAAAUCUAACACGUCAGUCUGGGAUGAUGAUGCUGCUAAAUUCUGUCAACUAAAACAUACAUGGUGGUCAUUGUCCUUGAAGCAGCUUUUGUCUCUGCAACAGUGGAUACAACUCAAGGGAUUUAUGUGUGGGUGUUAAUAGAGCAAAGAAGGAAUAUUCUCAUUUGACCUUGAACCUUCAUCCAACUUUGCCACAGUAAAUGCAUUGAAGCAAUAUUGUCAAAUAAAGAGUUUGAUGAAGCUGCCAAGGAUAAUGAAUGGUCCCGGUGUUGGUGAGAUUGAUGACGUCCCUGACCUGAUGCCAAGGCAAAUGAGACUUGAGCUAGUUGUGUGGUAAUGUUUUUAGCAUCUUCAGUCCUCGUGUAACUAUUUUCACACAAGUUAUUUUUUAUGACACAGAGUCAGCAGAAUACAGAUUGUCGGUUUGUAUACUCUUACAAUGAAUACUGCAAGGUAUCGUACUGUAUGCUCUGCUGACAAUACGAUAUGAGUGGAUGAAAACAACCCAGCAUUGGUUGUGCAUUUAGGCCUGAUAUUCUGUGUUUACAUAAAUCCUCAUGGAUUCUUUUGUAAAACAAACCAGUUGGAGACUCUCUUUGGAAUGAUUAAAAAAAGCCACCUGA